ACAGCAACGGAGAACUUUAUCAUAACCAACAUGUCAGCCUCCAUAGUAAGGACUACUGUAAAGGCGGUUAGCAGGCGAAAGAUUUUAUCGACAAGAGCUGCUUUGAUGCUCACACCUUCAGCUGUGAAUAGGGUCAGGUUGCUGUUAAAGGAUAAGCCUGAAUAUAUUGGGCUCAAGGUUGGUGUCCGGACCAGAGGAUGCAAUGGCCUCACUUACACACUCGACUAUACCAAGGAAAAGGAAAAGUCAGAUGAGGAGGUGGUCCAGGAUGGUGUGAGAAUUUUCAUUGAGAAGAAGGCUCAGCUGACAUUGUUGGGUACAGAGAUGGAUUUUGUUGAGACAAAACUGUCCAGCGAGUUUGUGUUCAACAACCCCAACAUCAAGGGUACAUGUGGUUGUGGGGAGAGCUUCAGUGUUUAAACAACUUUGUCAUGUGUACUUUUUACAGUAUACAUCACACUCCCAUUCCUCAGUCAAAGAACCACCUUGUGGAAGUAAAGACUCCGACAUGAGAGAUUAGCACUGGGGCUCCGUGUCCUGUGCUGCAACCAACUGAAAAUGAUUGUCGUCACCACUACUGUUUAGUGACUAGCAUUCAACUCCAUUUGUGUCUUCUUUUAUUUUAAAUAUAAUGUAAAAGAUCAAUGAUGUAAAAUAUGGGUCAGUAUUUAUUUUACAGAAAAUGAGGAAUGUUUCUUGCAUAUUCAUUAAUCAGUACGAGAAAUAUAUCUUGGUGUGUGAUGCUAGUAUGCUCGUACGGUAUAUGCUCAUUAUAAAUGGAGGCGUGUGUGUUAUUGAGAAUGAGGGAGAACUCUUCCACUGAAGUUAGGCUAUAUAUUUUUUUUUUGCCUUUAUUUAUAUUUUAUAAUCCAGUCAGUUCAUUUCACUGAACGUUGAUGCUAUGAAAUAGAACUUGACAAAUCAGACUGCGUACUCCUUAAAGCUGCUCAGAGAUGCAGCAUAGCAUCUGAACCGUCCCUGCAUCCAGAGAGGAAGGUGUACGUUUAUUAGAACCAGAUGUAUGAGAAAUCACAGGCUUAUUAAUUAUACAGUGGAAGACUCAGGUGCUGAGUAGUAGUGAUGACUUUGCAUUUUAAAAAAGUGUCCUUGAUGCAGAUCAUUCUAUAAUGUGUGUGUGUGUGUGUGUGUGUGUGUGAGUGAGAGAGUGAGAGAAAGAGGAACAAAAAGUAAACAACCUGUCUUUUAACGCACAAUAAAGCUCAUAGCAAAAUUCAAA